GUGUGUAAGCAGGAGCAGGAGUGGGAGUGUCUGUUGAGGGAGGGAUCUGAGGAAUGCAGUGUACACUACUGAGGGUUCAGUCUCGCGCGGAGCUGUGAUCAGGAUACACGCAUUUCGUCGCGAUUUCGUCCGGUUGGAUUUGCGCUAAAUUUGUUUUCCUCGGAAAGAAACUCAAAGGCUCGUGUUGACCCUGCUUGAAGGAUAUUACUGGAUACAAAUUCAUUAUCGUGAAAAAGGAUUGACCCAGGAUAGACACUUUUAUCAUUCAUACUUAAGGUUAAAACAAAUGUGGGUUGAAAUAUAAACAAACAAACAACUUUGUCAAAGCUGCUUGUGUUUCUCCUGCACCCUGUGAGGUUGUGUAGCAAAGCAACUUUUCGGAAAACAAUUACACUGGAGUGAUUUUAAUCUUUGAAGCUUCGGAUAAUUAAAAGGACCGUUUUGGGUUCUGUUUCUGGAUUAAACCGGUUAUUAUCAAGAAGGGCAAAAGUACUGUCAUCAUCUCUCUUGACAUUUUGGAUUGCAUUGACAGAUACAUUCCUUUCACCAAAUGAAGAUCUUGCUAAUACCGCAGAUGCGAGACCAAAAGGUGACAGGCACGAUGGCACAGGGAGGAGAUAUUUAAAGACGAAGCAUCUUCUCCAAGAAAGACCUACAUAAAGUCUUUCACCUUUCAUAGCAGCUUAUAAGAACUUUUAAGUGCAUUAACACCAGCUAAAGAAGAGGGGUGUGUUUCACCUAUCACCUGCUCCAGACACCUCAACAUGUUCGCCCCGACAACAGCCCUGCCUCCUUCACCUGCACUCUUAACAGGAAGUGCACUGCCUGUGCCUGCUGCGACAUCAUCUGCUUCUUACACAGAGCACGAUCUACUGCGACAGGAGUUAAACUCUCGGUUCCUGGCCUCUCAGACGGCGGAUCGAGGGGGUGCACUUGCUCCUCCGGCGUACCUGCGCACCGAGUUUCAUCAGCAUCAGCACACACAUCAACACACACAUCAGCACACCUUCACACCCUUCCCUCACUCCAUCAUUCCCAGUCCGGCUGCACCACUGGUGCGUACCCCCGCUAGACACUUUGAGAAAUACCCAGCUAAAAUGGAUGCUUUUCAGAGACACAGUUUGGUCCCGUCCUAUCCAUCAGUAAUGACUGGAAUACCUCCUGCGGUUCCACCUGCUGGAUCAUUCAGUUCACUCCAGGGUGCUUUUCAACCCAAGGCGUCCAGCCCUCUAGAUGUGGUGUCAAGACCAGGACCAAUGUCACAGCAACAUUUACAGAAGGAUUCAAGGCUUCUGGACCCCAUGUGUCCUAAACCAAAGAAACCCGGGAAGUGGGGUGCGAUGCAUGUGCAUAUCGCGUGGCAGGUUUAUCACCAUCAGCAAAAAAUUAAAAAGCAGAUGCAGAUUGAGCCACAUAAACUAGACUUUGGGUUUAAGCCUGAGUUUAUGAACCGAUCGCCUGCUUCCAGUUUUUUGGGACUGCAGCCUCGGGAUUUACCCCGCCCUGCUACCAUCCUGUCCAACGCAGGUCCCACACACGCCUCCAUUUCACCCUAUGGACCCUUACCACUCGGCCCAAGCAAUCUCCACAGUCUCGUCCCUCAUCCUGAGCCUCUUAACAAACCACUUCCCUUUGGAGGUCUAACUACACUGAGCUCAUCUGCGUUUGGAGGACUAGGAAAUCCAACCAUAACACCGAAUGCGUCACACGGUACUAAAGAUGGUAAAACAGUGCCAACUCCCGGUGGACCGCAGGAGACCUGGAAUCGUCUGCAGCAGACUCCUUCGUCUUUCCCGACACCUCCUCUUCGCCCAAGGUCUUCUGAACCAGAAAGAGUUUCCUCCAGUUUGGACCGGGCAACGAAUAAGAAAGAUUCUCUUAUCAAAGAUGAACAGGAAAGGGAGACAAAAGAGAAAUCAAAUGGGAGACAUUUGUCCCCCAUCAGAAGCACUACGCUGGAUAACAAACCCACAACAGAGACUUUGAAAAGUUCCUCUUCAGAUGAACCAAAAGAGGAAGAGCGGGCGAGAGAGAAAACGCAAGCACAAGAGACCAGAGAAACCGAGGAGCAGAGAAACAAAGACAUCCGAAGUGAUGUGAAGUGUGAGCGAAAACCUGCUGAAGAGAAGCCAGCAGCGAAUGAAAGCUCAUCACCGAAGGAAGAUCUCAAGAGGCCAAAUACUGAUAUCCAACCCUGGGAGCCACCUGAGAAAAAGAUCCGAACUGAAUACGAACCUCAUGCAAAGAAGGUGAGAGUCAAGGAAGAAAAGAGAGAUGACCAGGAUUCAGAUGUUACGCAUCAGAAGAGCAUGGAGAAACCGUGGCAGGGUCCCCGAAUGCCUGGUAUAAACCCUUCAUCUCUCUCUGCUCUUCCUUUGCCAAUAGGAAUUCCAGGUGGACAUCCCAAUCUCGAUAGGACUCGCCUGAGCUCGCCUUUCCUGGGAAUGGGUCAGUUUCCAGGAGCCGAAAGACUGCCUUACUCCCCGCAACAUUGGGAGUCCAUGAGGAACAUGUAUAGAGGAUUAGAUCUUCCCCGAAGAGACUCUUUAGGCAAAGACCUCUUGAUGAGAACCGACCCGUUGCAGCGAGCCAUGAUGGGCCAUCCUGCUUACCCAAGGGAGACGUUUUUGCAGUCCAUAGCUUUGGAACAGAGGAAUCAAAUGGAGGAACGACAGCGCAUGGCUUUCUUGAGAGAGGACAGCGAGAGGAGCCGCCUGCUGGCCAUGCACCACACAGCGCUGGACCAUCAUCUCCAUCCGCCUGGGCUCCUCAACGCAGCUUAUCCAAGCGCCGGACUCCAACACGGCCCACAUUACAGCCCUCUCAGUAGGACUCUUCCCGCUGCCUAUAUACACGGCCCACCACACCCACUUUUUUCAGUGCUGGCGUCACGGUCGGGGUCACCGAGACGAAUGACCCCUUUUACAGACAGACCUGCUUCCCUCCCUCACAGAGACGCUGACGCUCGGUGAGCAAGAGAACUGUGUGUGUAUAGAGGACAGUCAGAUUCUACCUAUAACAAGCACUUCAAGUCAAACAAAAAGUGUAGUUAUGAAAUGUACAGUGGUGAAAGUCAUAAAAUGAUGCUUUUGGUUUUUUUGGGAGGGAGGGGGAAUAAAAUGAAUUUUAAGAAAAA